AUGAAUCUGAUUAUUCGUAUGUUUAUACUUUUCAUCGCUUCACCGGUCGAUUCAACUGAUAACAUCGACGUUUGCCCAACUUUUUGCGACUGCACCAAAUGGGACAGUACGAAAACAGUGUCAUGCUUCGAAAUUGACGUCCUACCUGCAUUCCAUCCCAGCACUAAAGAGUUGUGGCUUGUGGAGACAAGACUGACCUCCAUAUCUCAGGAUGCCUUCGCCAACUUGAUCAACAUCUCUCACAUUUACAUCUCAGAUGAUGAAAGUCUGAGGAGUCUGGAGAGACAUUCCUUUCACAAGCUGCCCAGGGCUAUUCACAUAGAAAUAAGGAGUAUCAGGAGCCUGUCUUACAUUGACCCAGAGGCAUUCAAGGACCUCACAAACUUAAAGUACCUGGGUAUCUUCAACACCGGCCUGCCAUCCUUCCCUGCUCUGGGCCAGAUCCGUUCCAGCCAGGACGACUUCAUCUUGGAAAUUGUGGAUAACCUCUUCAUCAGAGAAAUUCCUGCCAACUCAUUCAAUGGGAUCUCAGAGAAUGAAAUCACCCUGAUGUUGAACAGCAACGGUCUGACGGACAUCCAACCCUACGCCUUCAAUGGAACCAGACUGGAGGAAGUGUACCUCUAUAGGAAUGUGGAUCUGGUGCGGUUGGACGAGAAGACAUUUUCUGGCGUGAUCAGCGGGCCAACUCUUCUAGACGUUUCCGAAUCAAGGGUGAAUUCCUUACCCACAAUGGGUCUGGAGGCUGUUCAGAAACUGAAAGCUAAAAACACUUGGGCCCUCAAGAAACUACCCCCCCUGAGGGCCUUCCAGCAUCUGCAGAGUGCUGAGCUCACCUACCCCAGUCACUGCUGUGGACUGAGCAAAGUGAAGAGGAGGAGAGGACACGUGGAGUCCGUCAUUUGCAACCUGACCAGCUCUACAAGACGACAGCGAUCAACUAGGUCCUCUGGAAACCCCUCUGAGGCCUACGAGAGGCAGCACCCCGAACACCCUCAUCCCACCAGCAGCAACCUCUCCCCCCGAGACCCCCAGCACCAUCAUCCCACCAGAAGCAGCCCCUCCCCCCGAGACACCCAGCACCUCCAUCCCACCAGCAGGAACCUCUCCCCCCGAGACCCCCAGCACCAUCAUCCCACCAGAAGCAGCCCCUCCCCCCGAGACACCCAGCACCUCCAUCCCACCAGCAGCAGCCCCUACCCCUACGACUACCAGUACUACUACGAUAACUACAGCUGUCCCCCCUCCGGUAAGUGCUUCUACAUAGUGUUCCCUACGGAGGGCCCAGACGAAGGCUUUGACUACACCGUGUGCGAUGAUGACAGGGAGGACCAGGGGGUCCCCUGCACCCCUCUGCCCGAUGCCUUCAACCCCUGUGAGGACGUGAUGAGCCUGGGCUUCCUGCGGGUGUCUGUUUGGCUGGUUAGCUUGCUAGCCGUUCUGGCUAACCUCUUGGUCCUGUUCAUCCUGCUGACCAGCCACUACAAACUGACCAUCACCCGCUUCCUCCUGUGCAACCUGGCCAUGGCAGAUCUCUUCAUGGGCGUGUACCUCUUGCUCAUCGCGUCUGUGGACCUCUACACACGCUCCCAGUACCACCACUACGCCAUUGACUGGCAGACUGGUGCCGGAUGCCAACUGGCUGGGGUGCUCACAGUGUUCGCCAGCGAGCUGUCAGUCUACACGCUGACCGCCAUUACUCUUCAGCGCUGGCACGCCAUCACCUUCGCCAUGAGGCCCGAGAGGAAAGUGCGACUACGCCACAUAGUGGUGCUAAUGCUAGCCGGAUGGCUGCUGUGCCUGGUGUUAGCUGUGCUACCGCUAGCUGGCGUUAGCAGCUACCAGAGGGUUAGCAUCUGCUUGCCCAUGGACACAGACUCAACCGCGGCCAUGGUCUACGUGGUCACCCUGCUAAUGCUYAACGUGCUCGCAUUCGUGUUGGUGAGCGUGUGCUACGUACACAUCUACUGCAUGGUGCACAACCCACAGCACCCGUCGAGUCGAGGGGACGCCAGCAUGGCCAAACGCAUGGCCGUGCUUAUCUUCACCAAUUUCCUGUGUCUGGCACCCAUCUCCUUCUAUGGCCUGUCUGCUGCGCUGCACCACCCACUCAUCACCGUCACCGACUCCAAGGUGCUGCUGGUGCUAUUUUACCCUUUGAACUCGUGUGCCAACCCCUUCCUGUACGGUAUCCUGACGCGAGCCUUCCACGGGGACGUUCUGAUUCUGCUGAGCCGCUUGGGGCUGUGUCAACGUCAGGCCCAGCUCUACCGAGGAGCGCAGUCCGACGUGGGCAGCCCCGCUGGGGGCAAGAUGCGCCAAGGGGUUCCCCGUCUUGCUGCCCACAUACCCCAGAUCCUGGAGCUCCGCAAGAGGCAGAGACCGUAA